AUGAAUGAGCACGUUCCCAAGGCACCUCUAGUGGAGGACUUUCACCCGAUGGAGCUCGAAUUGGAACCAUUGUACUCUGGUCCAUCCACCCCGGCCACUGACAAGCCACAGAGUCCAGAUACAAAAAGGAAUUAUACAUCUGGUUGGCUUUGUUUCUUCGAUAUCAAAAAUCGUGUUGAUGCAUAUGACAUAAUAGAUGAGACUGUGGAAGAAGAUAGGUCGAACUCAGGGCCUGGUAUACGCGAUAUCCUUUCCUUCAUCGGCGUUGCUAUCAUGCUAGCUUGGCCUUGGAUUUUCUUUGGCGUGGUGUGGGCCAAGGGAGGUGUGCAGAUGAACAACCAUCUCUCCAAGGUCGUCAGAAACCACCCUCAGGCCACAACCUAUUUCAUUACGUUCAUUUGCAGCAUCAUCUCCCUGAUGAUCGGUGAACUAUUUUCCCUCGCCAUCAUUCGCUUUGCUCAGGAGUUGGUCACGUAUCGCAAGCCGACUCAGCCCUUCCAUCUGACAGUACUAUUAGCUUUCAGACAUCAGACGUGGCCUUGGGGCAAGAGUGUGGAAGAUGCGAAGUACCUAAUGACCAAAGAUAGGUGGUGGCCCGCACUCUCGGUGAUCAUCUGUGCCCUCAUCUUUCCACACUUGAUAUCAAGUACGACUACUCUCCUCACUCCGACCUCGUUCAAUCGGACGUCCGCUCUUACAGGAACUGAGCUUGACUUCUCAUCGACUGAUGUCGAAUGUCUUUCCUGGUUUAACAAUUCCCUGACCAAUCCCGUUUGCAGCUGGAAAUUUUAUAAAAAUACUAGUUUUGCAUACACCGAAUGUCUUGGAGGGUUCCAAGUGGUUGAUUUCCUAGAAGCCGGUCGCGGUAAAAUUAUAGAAUCACUUACGAACAACACUGAAAUUCUUACUUUUGUUGAACUUGGCGCCGAGAGUGGACUACAUUUUCAAGGAUCUGUGCAAGGCAUCUUGCCUAUUGGUCCCAAUGGUGUAUCUGUGUUCGACACGCUUGGGUCUUCUCCUCUCUCAAAACCAGAGGUAGCGGCAGGAAUGAUCUCAUACGACUACACCCUCAAUCAACAAGGUCUGAAAAGCAAUGUGAGUUGCGGUUAUGCUAAAACGUAUCCCUUCAAACUCGGCUCGUUGUCUCCCGCCGGCUCUCCGGUUUUGGCGAUAUCCUCCAAUGUCAGCUGCGCUGAUCAGGGAAAAAAGGAUGCUUUGAUAGGUGUUCCGGACCUGUUUUCCGCCUGGAGCAACAGCACGCUAGUUUACUGGGCAUGCCAGGACAACACUUCGACGGCUUCUUAUACUAUUUACUUGACUGGGUUCUAUGGUUAUGCAAACACGGUUGGGAAUAUCACUUGCGUCAUAAACCCGAUACAAACCGCCAUAUACUCGCUGAUGUAUCGGUCGACUGAAGACGUUUUCUCCGCCACAGAGGCGAAAGGAUCCUAUCCAAUUACAUUUUCUACACUCAUCAAUAACGCAUUGGGGGGACUCGGGGUACUCAUAUCGGAGUCCCAAAACUACGAAUCCAAUAUCUUUGCCGAAACGAUUAUCAACUUGGGAAUGAAAGCAUUUGGCCCGCCAGCAGGUCUGCCGUCCCCUCAGUACUUGACUCUUUACGAACAGAUGAUCCAAGGUAUAAUCGAGUAUGAGACGACCUACCUUCGAUUGAUUUAUUCAGCACUUAAUCCCCCCUCCUCUUGCCUUCGGAACGUGACUGGGCAACUGAGAUACGAGGUAUACGGCUGGUUCAUGACGAAUGUCAACAUCGGUUUUUUGAUCCCACUAACAAUCAUCAACCUGGGUGCCUUGGUCGCUCUCUAUCAAGCUAUGGCCAUCGCGAAAGAUGGUGGCUACGUGUACCAUCCUUCCCAUCCCAGACCGGUCAUAUACGAUGAAGAUAUCGACGACUCGGGGGAACAGGUACCUGACGAAUGGAUGCACAAAGUUUCCGUCCGUCCCACAACGGUGUAG